AUGUGGUGCGACAACUGUCUCCUUGUCUUCCCGUUGCGCCAUGGCGCCAUGGUGUGGAACGUUUUUAUCGCUGCCUACAACUUGGCAGGCUCGAUCCUCCUCUUCCAGAAAGGACAGUUCCUUUUCUUCAACUACCCUGAAUACCAGAUCUACGGCGGUAUCGGCAUGGGUGUCAUGGCCAUCUGCAUUCUGACGACCAUCGGUAUGGCCAACAACUCGUACAUGUUCAUGCGUCUCUGCUUCUUCCUUUGGCCCGCACUUCUCCUCGUUGUCGCCGUCCGAGCCGGCUUCAUGAUCUUCCAGCUCAACAGACAGCAGACCAAGAUCGUCUGGGAAUGCAACAAUGGCGGUCAACUAUGGGGAACAGCAGGAGAAGCAGGGACCGACAGUGGCACCAUGCCAUCUGGGCUCUGUUCGGCCGGCUUUCACAGCCUCUACAUCGCCUUUGUCUUUUCGCUCGCCAUCGAUUGGGCAUUGCAAGUCUAUGCCUACUUCAUGUGCUGGCGCUUCAAGAAAAGGAUCGAGCACUACUACGCCGCCGCCACCAAGGAGAACAACAUUUACAGCUUCUAA